GUGAUCCUCCUGAGUCUCUGGGAUUACAGGCGCGCGCGCUGCCGCCCCUGGCCCUUAACUGCUCCUCGAGCGGCUACGGCUGCUCACUUGUGGAAGCCACACUCUGGUGAUUCACAGGCUCUCAAGUCCCACAGCCGGGUAAGGGAGGGUGGGGCCUAUGAGGGAUCGUGGGACGGCAGUUGGCAGUUCCCAGGCCAGUGCCCGCCCUCGGAGCCGGCUGUGGGGCGGAGCUGGAGCGGGCUUACUCAUCUAUCAGGAGGAGUUGGGUGGCCCUGCUGGGUGGGUCAGGAAGAGUUUCCUCUUUUUCUCCCCGCUCUGGUCCCUACCCAGGCAGGCGCUUCGAUCUCGAUCUCGUGAGGUGUCGUGAUCCGUUUAAGUCUGAGGCAGGCGUGGAGACAAGCAGGCGUGAGCAGGCAUAUGUGAAGACAUUGGCAGGUAUCCCCAGGGAGAGAUGUAGAAAACCUGCAGGGUGACUGCCGCUUGAGCAAGUCCAACUGGGAGCACACUGAGCAGUUUAGAUUCCUCUGGAGAAACGCCUUUGCUGCAUGCAGUUAUGCACAGUCUAGCUGCAUUCCUGCUCAUCCUCCUGGCUGGUGGUGCUGAGGCCUUUCGCAUCUGUGCCUUCAACACCCAGCGGCUGACACUGGCCAAGGUGGUCACGGAGCAAGUGAAGGACACCUUAGUCCGGAUUGUGGCUCGCUGUGACAUCAUGGUGCUACAGGAGGUGGUGGAUUCUUCUAAUAAGACCAUCUCCCUCCUGCUUCAAGAACUCAAGCGAUUUGAUGGCUCCAGACACUAUAGCUCCCUGUACAGCUCCAGAUUGGGGCGCAGCACAUACAAGGAGAAGUAUGUGUACAUCUACCGGUCCGACAAGACACAGGUCCUGAAUUCCUACCAGUAUGAAGAUGAGGAUGACCUAUUUGCCCGGGAGCCCUUUGUGGCCCAGUUCACUUUGCCUAGCAAAAUCCUUCCCAGCCUGGUGCUGGUCCCACUGCACACCACUCCUAAGGAUGUAGAAAAGGAGCUGAAUGCCCUAUACAAUGUGUUUCUGGAUGUCUCACAGCGCUGGCAAAGCAAGGAGGUGAUCCUACUUGGGGACUUCAAUGCUGAUUGCACUUCACUGCCCAAAAAACGCCUAAGCCAGCUUCUACUGCGGACUGAAGCAGGCUUCCACUGGGUGAUUCCUGAUGGGGAGGACACCACAGUGAGGGCCAGCACCCACUGCACCUACGACCGCAUUGUGCUGCAUGGGGAGGGCUGCCAGAGCCUGCUGCAGGCUGCAGCUGCCUUCAACUUCCCCAAGAGCUUCCAGCUCACUGAGGAAGAGGUAGUGAGGCCCUCAGCAUCAGUGACCACUACCCUGUGGAGGUGGAGCUCAAUCAGACUGCUCGAAGUAUCCAGCCCCUCAGCCUGCCCACUCUGCUCCUGCUGUCACUACUUUUGUCACUCCUGCCCUCUCAGCUGGACCUGGUGGCCCACGGGUGUGAUGUCCAUGUUGCCUUUAGGACUUGAUUCUUGGUCUCAUCCAUCCAGUCUGUUCUGCCCUGGGGCUGAAGUGACCCUUUUGCUUGGUUUGGCUUUUUUUCUUGGUAUUAGAAGGGGCAUCCAGGACCUGAGGCUGGACCCAUGGUGCUCCCCUUCAGGUAGUGUCAGGAGUGAAAACAAAAGCAGGUGUCAGGGCUGGAGAGAUGAGCUCAGGUGAGCAUCUCUACAUCUUCUCUCUGCCAGACCUCACAGAGCUCAGAAAGGGGACUCACAACAGAUCAAAAAAUUCUACUGUAUGACAAAAAAGCCAGAUUGGAUAGGUAUUACAUGUGGGUAGCAGAUGUCAACAGGAAACCAUUGAGAACCCAGUAGAUAUACAAA